ACCAUUUACAGCAAAUCAUAAAGCCAGAGCUCCUAAAUACAUCUCUCUCUAGCAAACAGUCGAUCAAUCUCAAUCGUCAAGAUGCCAUCUGUCGCCCAAUUCCCUCCCGCUCGUGUCUUCCUCAAGCACCCGUCCCUCAGCAUAUCAUCGUCGUCAUCCGCAGCUCGCGCGUCGACUCUGACAUCGCCGCUGAGUCCGCGCUACGCAAAUGCUUCAUCAACCGCAUCGUCGUCUCUGAACCAGAUCUCAUCACAGCAGUCAAAUGGCACGACGUCAUCUUCAGAGUCAAGAAGAUCAGAAGCGAGAGCUUGACCAUGCUUUUAUUUUACCUGGUUCGACAGCUCUGAGCCGACGUUCGAUUACAGUCGCAAAUUGUCACAUGAGAGCCAGAUGUGGAAGCUGGACUUCUGAACCACGGGGCGGCAUAAAAAUGGCUUGAUGGAGCUUUAUGGUUUCAAGACGCUGGACGUUGCUUACGAAUUCAAUGAUCAGAAAGAGACAAGCAGUGCUCAGGAAAGCUUACACCUCGCUGUGGCGGAAGCGUUAAGCAACAUGUCCAGGGCGUUGAUCGCUACUCGGGAUGAGUUGGAGAAGGAAAAGUUAUGAUACCCACACAAAUGAUUUACACUUACACAAAACAUUCACG